GUUUCACUCUGUCGCCUCGGCUGGAGUGCAAUGGCAUGAUCAUAGCGCACCUUGAACUCCUGGGUUCAAGCAAUCCUCCUGCCUCAGCUUCCUGUUAGCCACCACAUUGGUUGGAGCAGAGCAUGGACAUGGGAACGAGUGCUCUCAGCAAGAAGCCGUGGUGGACCCUGCCUCAAAACUUUCAUGCACCAAUGGUGUUUCACAUGGAAGAGGACCAGGAGGAGCUCAUCUUCGGGCAUGGUGACACAUAUCUUCGCUGCAUUGAGGUGCACAGCCACACCCUUAUUCAGCUGGAGAGUUGGUUCACAGCUACAGGCCAGACUCGUGUGACUGUAGUGGGACCACAUAGGGCAAGGCAGUGGCUGCUGCACAUGUUCUGUUGCGUGGGGAGCCAAGACUCCUAUCAUCAUGCUCGAGGCCUGGAGAUGCUGGAACGUGUCCGAAGCCAGCCCCUGACCAACGAUGACCUGGCCACCUCCAUUAGUGUGCCACCGUACACUGGAGACCUGUCUUUGGCUCCCAGGAUAAGUGGAACCGUGUGUCUUAGCGUUCCUCAGCCUUCCCCUUAUCAAGUGAUUGGUUGUUCGGGAUUCCAUUUGAGUUCACUGUAUCCGUAAUUAAGGACUGAUCUCCCCUGGGAAGUGGGGAUGAGAGGAGAAGUCUUGGCUUUGGUUUUGGUGAGAAAGACAUGAAAGACACAGAGGAAAGUUUGAACUUGUGGCCAGGACCUGUCCCUCUCAGGUCUUCUAGACAUGUGUCUGAGGAAAGUCUCUUGAAUGUAAGAAAGUGUUAUUGGCAAAGGAAUCCAAUAAAAUAAGCUACCUAUGAUGCAAA